UCGGAAAACAAAGCAUGCUGACACGUUGAAGCAAGCUGUGCAAUCUGAAUCGCAAUCCACCCACGCGAACAAGGUCGAAGCGUCUGUUGCGGCCGAAAACAGCAAGCAGGAAGAUGUUGAUGACCAAAGGAUAUCCUGUGCAAAAGUAUCGUAUUAGUAUUGCAAUCAUGCAUUACAAUAAAUCUUUUUGUUAAGUCAACUCCGCAUUACAAAUUUUAUUUCUCAUCCUGAGGAAAGUUGUAAUGCUAAUGCCCUUAACCUUAUACGAGUACACUACUUUUGCAAUGCAUAAAGGAACUCCACUGCCAACUCUGAGCCGGCGUCGAAGAAGCCGAAGAUGACAACCCCCAGCCUAUAUCAAAUGCAAAAGUGUCUGGGUCUGGAAGAUUGCAACUUGUGAUGCUGUCUCUGCAUUCUAAAAAAAUCUGUAUUGCAUGAACAGCAAGAGGGGUCCAAUUUGUGCUACAUGGAAAGGGUAUUUCUCAUGCGGGAUAGGCAUCAGAAAGCCGACUAGAAAUCUUUGAUGCCAGGUUAUGCAUUACAGACGUGAUAUGUCAUCGUAAAAUCUGCAUGACAAGUCUAGCACUCUUCCAGACCCAGACAUUUUUACAUUUGAUAGCCCAGAUCCAAAAAUAAAAGGUUCUGCCAUGAGGACCUCCUUGGGUGGAGCGGGUGGAAAGGGGAG